AUGCCGCUAUAUCCUAUGAGUGGGAGUGGGGUACUUGACCCUCAUCAUGGUGCAGCUGUACCAGUUUUGGGUACGAUACAACAAUCUCAGGCUGAAAUAUGGAAUAGGCUGUGUCCGCCCGACAUAAAACAGUCCACUUUGGUACAACCGCCCAAUUAUAAGGGAGAAGCAGAACUGCAGGGCCCUACAACUGGUUCAAAUGUUCCAGGAACUAUGCCCGCACUACAUCCUACAGGUGGCUCUUGGGAUCAAUCCCGUCCACCUGACGGGGGCCAGAAUGCUAUUGCUAGACCACCCUACCAUAUGGGUAGCACAGGCGAUCACCCCCUUCUAUUGACACAAAUGUACUCGCAACAGUUUCUGCACCAAAACCCACAAGUGGCAUUUGGAAUUAUAUCCGUCCAUCUGAUCAAAACGCUCUGGUUCGACCACCCUACCCUAUGGUUGACACAGGGGUUCAGGCCCCUAGAAUUAGUACAAAUGUACCGGCUAUGGCUCCUGUACCACAUCUCACCGGUGGAACAAACGGUGGUUCGAACCUUUCCACAUGGAGCUAGUGACCAUGUUGUUGCACAAACACCCUACUGUAUGAGUGGCACACUUAGUACAAAUAUACAAGCUCCUUCUCACAGCAAUCUGUCUCCGCAUAAGGAAUGUCCAAAUAUUAAGGCUACUAGGGAGUCAAUUCCCAGACGUUCAGAGAAGCUUGCCUCCAGUACAGACGCAGAUAGUUCAAGUCCGACUAUUAGUUCUAAAGUCGCUCCAACCCCAACGCAACAUACCCUCUCAGAGUUACUAAACACGAGCUCGAAGAGCAGGCCCGGGGGCUCUGUCAGAGAAGCGAGCUCGAAGAGAAGGCCCGGAUACCCUAUUAGAGAAGCGAGCUUGAAGAGCAGGCCCGGAGGUCCUGUCAGAGAAGCGAGCUCACAGAAUAGGCUCAGAGGCCCUAUUAGAGAAGCGAGCUUGAGGAGAAGGCCUGGAGGCCGUAUUAGAGAAGCGAGCUCCAAGAGCAGGCCGGGAGGCCCUAUAAGAGAAGCGAGCUUGAAGAGCAGGCCCGGAGGCCGUAUAAGAGAAGCGAGCUCGAAGAGCAGGCCCGGAGGCCCUAUUAAAGAAGCAAGCUCGAAAAGCAUGCCCAGAUGCCCUAUUAGAGAAGCGAGCUCGAAGAGCAGGCCCGGAGGCCCUAUAAGAGAAGCGAGCUUGAAGAGCAGGCCCGGAGGCCCUAUAAGAGAAGCGAGCUCGAAGAGCAGGCCCGAAGGCCCUAAUAGAGAAGCGAGCUUGAAGAGCAGGCCUGGAGGCCCUGUCAGAGAAGCGGGCUCGAAGAGCAGGUCCGGAUGCCCUAAUAGAGAAGCGAACUUGAAGAGCAGGCCCGGAGGCCCUGUGAGAGAAGCGAACUCGAAGAGCAGGCCCGGAUGCCCUAUUAAAGAAGCAAGCUCGAUGAGCAGGCCCAGAGGCCCUAUUAGAGAAGCAAGCUCGAAGAGCAGGCCCGGAGGCCCUAUAAGAGAAGCGAGCUUGAAGAGCAGGCCCGGAGACCCUAUAAGAGAAGCGAGCUCGAAGAGCAGGCCCGGAGGCCCUGUGAGAGAAGCGAGCUUGAAGAGCAGGCCUGGAGGCCCUGUCAGAGAAGCGGGCUCGAAGAGCAGGCCCGGAGACCCUAAUAGAGAAGCGAACUUGAAGAGCAGGUCCGGAGGCCCUAUUAAAGAAGCAAGCUCGAAGAGCAGGCUCGGAGGCCCUAUAAGAGAAGCGAGCUUGAAGAGAAGGUCCGGAGGUCCUAUUAGAGAAGCGAGCUCGAAGAACAGUCCCGGAGGCCCGGAGGCCCUAUUAGAGAACCGGGCUCGAAGAGCAGGCCCGGAGGCCCUAUUAGAGAAGCGAGCUCGAAGAGCAGGCCCGGAGGCCCUAUUAGAGAAGCGAGCUCGAAGAGCAGGCCCGGAGGCCCUAUUAGAGAAGCUAGCUGGAAGAGCAGGCCCGGAGGCCCUAUUAGAGAAGCGAGCUCUAAGAGCAGGCCCGGAGGCCCCAUUAGAGAAGCGAGCUCGAAGAGCAGGCCGGGAGGCCCUAUUAGAGAAGCGAUCUCGAAGAGCAGGCCCGGAGGCCCUAUUAGAGAAACGAGCUCCAAGAGCAGGCCCGGAUGACCUAUUAGAGAAACGAGGUCCAAGAGCAGGCCCGAAGGCCUUGUCAGAGAAGCGGGCUCGAAGAGCAGGCCCGGAGGCCCUAUUAGAGAAACGAGCUCCAAGAGCAGGCCCAGAGGCCCUAUUAGAGAAGCGAGCUCCAAGAGCAGGCCCGUAA